AUCUAUGAUCAUUGAUCAAAUUUAUUUACAAAUAUUAAAUAAAAAUACAAGAAAAUUAAAUUCAAGAAGCAGUUAAAAAAAUUUAUGAAUAAAUUAAUAGUAUGCGUAAUUAUAAGCGCAGUAAAGGAAUCUGGAAUACUAAAGAUUCAGUAUGAAAAUAAUUUUACAUCGAUUGCUUCGAGGUCGUCUUUCUUUAAAAGUUUAUGUUUUUAUAAUCUCUUUUAUUGUGUUAUGUGGUUAUAUUUUACCACAUUACAAAUUUUAUCCGAUAGCUCCCGUAACUGUAGCUCCAGCACUGAACAGUCAUACAAGGGUUACUAAACAUUUAUCAAAAUUAGUAACUCUUGUUUUUCGUCAGUUUGAGGAGCUUGAAAACGAUGUUGCCGAAAGUGUUGCAUCUUUUAUGGGGGCAUAUCCUAAUAUGCAAAUUUUGAUUUUAAAUCAAAGUCCACAAUAUCCACCGUAUCAAUUUUCGACAUCAAACAAUACAUUACGUAAUGUGAAAAUAGUAUCGUUGGACCUUAAACUCGACUCUUCUCCUAACGAGUUAAAGCCUCUAUCACACAUUUCUACUGAGUACGUGCUAUUCGUACCUGAUUCGACACGUGUAACGCGCCGUGUACUUCAGCAAUUACUAUUGGCUGCUACAAGCGCUCCAACUCAAGGCACAGCUGUAGGUGUUGGUGGUUCCCGCUUAGUUUGUCAGCAAGUGAAAUGGAACUAUGUAGAUUGGACCCUGCAGUAUAGCAAAGAUGCUUCUGGAAAGAUAUGUGAUGCAGUGCAAGGACAGCAUGCUGUUAUAUUUAAGACUUCAAUAUUACACACACUCCCUGAUCCAUUUUUGUUUCCUUUUCCUGAGUCACUGUAUCUGCAGACUGCAGUGAGAAAAAUUAAAAUACAAAUAAUUGAUGGCAAAUUCAGUUCUGGAAGAAGCGUAUUAAAAACUCCUAUAUCAAAGCAAAAAGCAUCAAAACGGCAACGAGAAUAUAGAAUAGCACUUUAUAAACAGCUGGGUGUCAAAGCAGUUGUACGAGAUGAUGGCAGAGUUCAGUGGUAUGGUUGUAAAAGAGAAACUCAGCGAUGUUUUCCGCCUGUACAAGGUACACCAUCCUAUAUACUUGCCGGCCGAAAUAUUCCUCCUUGUUGUAGAAGAAAUAUACGAAGAACAGCAGCUCAUGUCCUAAGAGCAUUAUUACAAGCCGGAGCUAGAUGUUGGCUUGAGACCACUUCACUACUUGGUGCAGUAGUACGGGGAGAUCUCUUACCAUGGGCGGAAUAUGCAGAAAUCGGCAUACACUCGGCCGACUUGCCAAGAGUUUCUUGGCUCCAACGUGGAGGUGCAGACAAUGAUGGCUUUGUAUGGGAACGUGCGACAAAAGGGCAUUACUAUAGAGUGGCUUAUUCGGCUACAAAUAGAGUUUACGUUCUGAUACUUCCCUUUACGCCAAAGAAUGGUACUAUGUGGCCAGCUGACUGGGUGAUGGCUCAUCAGAGAGAGUUCCCUGAAAGACACUUGCACCCGCUUGCUCAGAUUCAAUUCGCAGGUCGGCAAUCUCCAGCACCAAACGACGCACGCGCAUUUCUUGAUCUCAAAUUAGGCGCCAAUUCUCUGGAGAGAAGCCAGAAAAUUGGCCCUAAACUUCUUUAUCCGUAAUUUUGAUGGUAUGCUUUAUUAAGAUUUCGCUGGUCAUGUCCACAUAUUUUAGGGACGACACCGCUUUUUAUAUUUUCGUAUGUAUGUUAAUUUUGACAUGUGUUUGUCCUAAUUUUGUGGUACAAAUAAAAAAAAAGGUUGCUUCGCAAUACUUGAUACCAAAAAUUUCCAAAUUGACAUUUAUGCUUUUUAGCACGUUUAUUUAGUAUGUGAUAUUAUAUAAGUUAGAAAACAAGAUGGACACUAAUAAUAUUAAUACAGUCGGUUAUUUACCAGCCCUGUUACUCUGUAACACCAACAAUGUGAAUUUUUAAUAAAAUAAUUACUUAAUCUUGUCUGGUAUGGGCACUCUGUAAUCAAGCUUUCAUGACAUCAAGCAAUGGAGAUGUGGGGAAGACAAGAGGUAUAAUUAGAAAAUUUUGAAUUGCAUAUAAAAGUCACUAACGCAAAUAUUAAUAAUACUCUUAAAGACAAUGUUGCCAUUCAAAUGUGAUGAUUACCAAGCAUUUGUUUUAUUAUGUUUUUAAUGUUUAAGGCAAAAACCAAAUAAUAUUUUAAUUACAUUAAUUUUUUGAAAAUGUUUCAAUAUGUUCUUUAGGUAACAUAUAAAACUUAGGUUUUCAUUAGGUAUAAGAUACAACUGAACUUUACAUUUAAUAUUUAUACCAUUGUGUUUUAGUUUAAAAUAUAGGAUUGUGUGUAAUUAUUUAUUAUUUAGAUAAUAUUAUUGUUCAAGGUUGUAAAGAUCUCUAUCUAGUCAAGUUUAAAUGAUAUUAAGGCCAUUUAAUGGUGAUGUUUUGUUUGUUAGAGUUUAAUAAUUUAAAUGUACCGCACAAUUAUGUCAUAGACAAUAGUAGUGCUCUAUGCCUGGUGAUAGGUGUCAACUAGAAUAGAAUCCAGUUUGUCUUUACUGUGUAGAAUUGAUCACAGAUGUCAAAAAACAGUACAUCAUUAUUUUUAUUAGAUUCUGUAAUCAUAUAUAUUUACUAAUAUGUAGUAAAUUAUAAGCGACAAAGCGGUAGCAUUGUUUUAGUUACAAUUUUUUAUAACCGGAAAGGAACUUCUUUUAAUUUUAUGUACAAUGUAAAAAAAAUAUAUUAACAUAUUUUACGUGUUACACAUGUAAUCAGAUCUAAUAAUAUAAGUUUGUGGCACUGUUGACAAUAAAUAGUCGGCUCUUUUAUUUAAUAUCAACCUGUAUAAGCAAUAAUUUUGUGAUUUACCAACUGUAUAAAUAGCUUUAAAAUGCUUCGCUGAAUGGCUUAAAAUAAAUAAAAAUAAUCAUA